UUCGGGCGUGCGAAGUGUCACAGCGAGUGUCAAAAGUCUGCGGAAGAAAAGUCCCGUGGAAAAAUCUUUCUUCAGAAUAAUGGCGUCGAAUUUUUGUGUGAAAUUUUUGCUGCCCGCUGCUCGACGCAGUGUCACCUACACACCUGUUCGCUUUUGCAAAAUGAUGAACGAUCCCGUUGAGCACGCGACGGGUAUUGAGAAGCGAGAACUGCUGGCACGACAGGCAGGCAAUGAAAAUCCCUUCGACAUGAAGGUGUUCAAAAGGGGCGCUGGAACGAAGGAUCAGCCCAACUUGAUUCCAUCAGCUUUCGAUGCCCGGCUCGUGGGGUGCAUAUGCGAAGAGGAUCAGACAUACGUGCAGUGGAUGUGGGUCUAUCAAGGAGCACCAAAGCGUUGUGAAUGUGGACAUUGGUUUAAAUUAGUUGAAAAGGCUCCCGUUUAAUCCACAUAAAGAAUGUAUUUCGAGAUUUUCAAACAGAGAGGAGAGUAAAUUAGUCACUGUCAAGAGUAUGUUAAAUGAAAAGUUGCCGAGAAAAUCA